CGUUUUGGUUUUUUUCUUCUCUACCUCUUCGUGAGCGAGUGAGACGGAGGAUGAUUAAGCAUCCAUCUCGCUCUAGCGCACGUCCCGACCCAAUGUCUGCGCCAGCGAAUGUUUUUGUAUUGUUUUAGGGUUGUCAAACUUUCGUGAUUGUUCUGUCUCACAUUUCAAAACAUACCAUAUCAGUGCGUGAUUUAUAAAAGCAUUUAGUUAAAUUAUGCAAUGAGUACAUGCCAAAUUAAAAUUGAAAACUUAAAGUUGAAAUAAACAAACAUGAAUAAACACAAGCUCGGUUGUUGUGCGUCUGGUCCGUUGUUUAUUUACCACCAUAACAUAGUGCUGUGCACUCUGGUGGCAACCCUAUGCUUUCCAAAACAAUCAAUUUUUAUUCCGAAACUGUUUUGAUUGUUCAAUAAAAAUGUUUAUUUCUAGAAUAUAUUAAAUUUAUUUAAAAUUUGAUUUUAAAUGAGCAUUGUUAAUACCAACAAAGCUAAAAAAUAGACCCAGUGUGACCGCGCCUGCGCACAAAAAAUGCCCUAAGUACCAUCGAUACUAUCGUCUGAACAUCGGUUUUUGUUCCAGCCUCAGCAUUCACCAUUUCCCGUUUUUUUCCCUUUGUUUGCGGCGGCGGCGCUCGGAAAAAGAAUAAAAUUUUAGAAAAUCGCAUAAAGUGCAAUGUAAAUAAACAAGGCUCGGAUGAGCAGUUGUCGAUCGAGUGCUUCGACUAGCCAGCAAAAUGUGCGUAAAAAGCGAGAAUCAGUGACGAAAACAACAACUACGUGCUGCUGCGUUCAUUGACGUGACGCGCGAGCGUGAAUGUGUGUAUGUGCGUGUGUUUGUGUAUGCUGGCUGCUACCGUGUGUGUGUGUGGUGUGUCAAAAAAGCGUUUUUAAAAACACUAGCCAGCUACAAACAAAUCACUAAAGCACGUCACAAAUUGCAGCAAAAGGCAGAAGUAGCAACACCUCAAAUCAAAAAGGCCCCCAACAACAACAUCAUCUGUCGUGUUCUCAGAGAGUGAGGAAAAGGAAGAAAGAGAGAAAAAGAGAGGGGGGCAAAAAGAAAGUCAACAGUCGCGUGUGAAAUGAAAUUCGAAAAAUGUCCGCGUGUGUGUGUGUUGAGUGUAUAGAAUUGAGUAAGAAGCAGCGCGGCAAAAGGAAAUAGUCAAAAGCAAUAGCAAAAAGGAACCAUAUAUCAGCAACAACAACAAAUUAACCAAUGAAGCAAUCAAAUUUGGCAUAAUUUGUCUCUAAAACCCUCCUUAAAAAAGAACACCACACAACACAAGCAGCACAAAUCUUUUGCCAAUGAGUCGCAGACAGUCAUUGGAUCGACCAGGAAUAUUGUCUCCUCCGGGUCCGUUUCUGACGCCCAGUCCAUCGCCAUCGAUCUCAGCUAGCCCUCGUCUGCAACCAUCGCCAUCGCUCUCGCCGUUCCCACAGGAUGUGGUGCUCGUAGCCGGUGGCAGUCAAGUAAACGCCAACAGCAAUCCCCAGGAACACGAGCGCAAGGCGGCGACGCCUGGCAGGAGACAGUCCAUCCAUCAGUUCACCAAUGGCAGUCCCAACGCUGGAACCGUCGUCUUCCAGCCGAGCCCCUCACAAUCGCCGGCCGCUGCCACGACGGUUAUCGGCGUGACCAGUGGUGGCCUCAUAGCCACCGCCGCCGGAGGAACUGGAGCCGGAAUAGGAGCUGGGAGCAGUUCCGGAGUUGGUGUAGCCCUGCACGGCAAUGCCAUCGGGAACGAGCUGAAUGCCACUCUGGUGGGAUCCAAUAAUAUCCAGCUUAACAAGAAGGGCACAAAGCGGGCCACACAGCAGCAGCAGCAGCAGCAACAACAGCAACAGCUGGGUCAUCAGAUCUUUAGCAGCGCCGUUGCACCCACCUCGAUCAGCAGUGCGACUGCGGUGGCAGCCGGCGGAGGAGGCUAUGGACAGUUCAAUGCCACCGCCAUCAGCACACCCACCUCGUUCGCCGCGGCCGGCAGUGUGGUCAGCAGCAGCGCCAAAGGUCCGGCGAAGGGACAGAAGGGACAGCAGCAACAGUUCCAGCACUACCAGAGCAGUAGUCCUCUGAUAGCGGACAGUCCCAUCCCGAGUCCUAGCGGCACCAUUGCAGCGGCUGCGAUUAAGCCUCCAACUCCGCAGCCACAACCCAUGCAGAUGCUACCCCAACAGUUCACUAUCUCCCAGCAGCCGCAGCAACAGCAGCAGGCGCAGCAGGUCUUCCAGUUUAUUCAGGGACCGCAGGGCCAGCUUAUAGCCACCACUCCGCAGCAACAGCAGCCCAUCCAGCAGCAGCAGCAACAACAGCAACAGCAGCAAUCACAGCCUCUCCAGCAGCAGCAACAUCGAUUCGUUAGCAAUGCCGGAGUCACGGGAAUGCCCACCGGCAAGAAUGGAAAGGCGCCGCAACAAAUUCUGCCCAAGCCGCAGCAGGAGCUCCAGCAGCAGAAGAAGGGCUCGACCGCUGGUGGAGCACAGAUCUCGCAGUCGCCACAACAAACUGGCCAGGCCAACAAUCCCACCCAACAACAACAACAGCAGCAGAUCCUGUUACCUGCCACCACUAGCCAGCCACAGCAGUUGCUCCUUAACCAGAUGCCCGUGCUGGUACAGCAGAAUCCGCAGGGCGUGCAGCUGAUCCUGCGUCCGCCCACGCCUCAGCUAACGACCACGCCCUCUCUGGUCAUCCAGCAGAAUGCCCGGGGACAACCACAACUGCAGACGCAGCCUGCGCAGCAGCAACUGUUGCGGAUAGUGGGCACCAAUGGAGCGACCAUGCAGCUGGCUGCCGCGCCCACCUUCAUAGUGUCUUCGCAGGCGAACCUUAUCCAGCAGACGGCGGCAGGUCAGUUCCAAAGCGCCAUCAAGCCUGGCACGCAGAUAACGGGUCUGCAUGCGGCACUAGCACAGGCCCAAGCCCAGGCGCAGGCGCCACGAUCUCAGCAGUUUGCCACGACAGCCACAUUGAACACACAGCUUCUUGGCCAAGGUAUGGCCCUGCAGAAUCUGCAAUUGGCAACGGCCCAAAUCCAAAUGCCCAAUGGCCUCACCGCCAUCUCUCAAUUGCCAGCUCACCUGCAACAGAGUUUGGGUGGAGCCACCAUUAAUCUAAAUCAACUGAAUGGGGCACACAUACAGCAGAUAACCAACGCCUUCCAGACACCGCAGGCUCCAGGAACCAACAACGGCGGAUCUGCCAACACGACGGAGCUAUUCACCCAAUCCUCGCCAGCACAUGUGCCGCUGGCUGUCACCCCGGAGCCAUUGCGACAGCCAACGCCGGUGCCCAUGAUGCAGCAGCAACAGCAGGCAGCAAUGGCCACCAUCCAGUUGCAGCAGCAGCAACAACAACAACAGCAGGCGCAGAUCCAGCAGCUGCAGCAUCAAUUACAGCAAACACAAUCCCAGGUGCAGCAGGCCCAACAAUCUGUCCAGGCGACAACUGUCCCAGAGCCUAAGAAGAAGCCACGACCCCGCAAAAAGAAGCAGGUGCCAGCAGCAGUUCCAAUUCCUGCAGUAGCCACCACUCCGACAGUUGUGCCCGUUGAAGUGAGACCACCGACGCCCCAGAAAAUAGCCAUCGCAGUCACUCCCACACCGCCUCAAACUUUGCGGCCGAAGUCACCAUCGCCACCGCCCACCACCAUCCAGCGAAGUAGCAACGGAAAGUUGGAUCUCGGAGAUGUGAUGAAAUUUUGUGGAAUUACUGGCGAUGAUGACGACGAUGAGGAUUAUGGGAUGGGCCUAGACACAGGGCUAGCAUCAGAACCAGAGCCAGCGCAGGUCCAGGCGACUCCAAGCGGAGGAUCGACGGCAGGCAGCAGCGGCGACAUCAUGAUCUCCAUACCGAACCAAAACGGCAGCGAUGGUCUGCCCUUCACCCUGACCAUUCCCGCUCCACAGCCCCAAACUUCAACGGGAAAUCAAGCGGGAAACGAAUCAGCCACCGAAAUACCAAAUAUCCUCAUCAAGAUCGAUCCGAGUGCGGAGGCAGCAGUGCCGCCAUUUGGUCUAUCCACUCCCCGACUGCCCACGGCAGAGGAAAUCCAGAAACAGGCGCAGCAACAUUUGGCGCAACAGGCGGCAGCUGCUGCUGCAGCGGCUAAGGCUACCACUGCCACACCAACCAUAAAUAUCAGCUUACCCAGCAUGACGCUGCAACCGCAGUUAACACCGUCACCCAUGGUCACACCAACUCCUGCACUCACGUCCAAUCAGGUGUCCACUACGGCGACUGUAAAGCCUAGAAGGAAACCCGCCGUUCGGAGGAACGCCAAGAAACCGGAGGUAACCAGUAGCGGCAGCACCAUGAUCUCUUCGAGCAGUGGCACUACCACCACGAUCAGCAGUAGCACCAGCACCAUUCUGAACAACAGCCAACCCACCACAGUAAACACCAUCACGCUGACCACACCUUCUCCAGUGACCAGCAGCAGCAAUCCCACCCUCAUGCUGACACACGGUACCCCGACGGCAGUGCCUAGUCAGAUUGGCAACAUCCAGAUCUCGCAGGUGCAUAAUCAUCACCAGUCCGCAUUGCCGAUAAGCAGUGCGGUGGAAAACAAGAUCCAGAUAAUGCCGAUUCUGCCACCGGGAGCUACGGUGAUGGGUGGGACACCAGGAACUGGAAGUCAUGCGCCCGCCACCCAAUCAACCCAGUUGGUCUUCCAGCCAACGGUUCCUUCGGUGGCGCCUACGAUUAGUACAGAAUCUACUGGCUUUAAACUAUCCAGCGAUGGUCGGCAGAUGCAACUGGUGGCCAUACCACAGGCCACACCUCCCCCGGCAACAGCAAGUGCAGCCCAACCACCGGUGUCCACACCAACGCCUGCAUUAACCGCCGGAGGAGCUACGAUUCUGCCGCCACAAUUAACUGGAAUGCCCGCCAAUGUAUCGGUUUCAGUGGGAUCUCCUGCCUCGGCUGCUGCUCUGGUGCCUCAACUUACUGGAAGUCUAACGCUGACAGUGUCGGAUCAAUGCGAGCGGUUGAUUCUGCGACAUGAUCCCAACAAUCCCCAGGACCAUCAAUCGCAGCUCAUUCUUCAGGCUCUUCUUAAAGGCGCCCUUCCUAAUGUAACCAUCAUUAAUGAGCCGACGCGCGUGGAUCCUAACAAGCAGCCAACUCCGAUGUUGCAGCCACAACAGCAGGUCCUCCAAAUCCCACAGCAACUGGCUCCGCCACAGCCCAUCCUGCAGCAACAGUCUCAACCCAAGGUUUCAACAGCUCCCAAAAUAGAAGUUAAAGUGACUAACAACAGAAAGCUGUCAGGUCAGGGAGCACAUCCUGCGAGCAGUAUGCUAGGAAUGACUAGUACUACAACGACCAUGUCUACUAUGAAGCCACCGGCCACGCUGCCCGCCAAGCCAAACGAAGUGGUAUCUUUCCCGCCGCUACCGCUAAACUCACAGGUUCUUAUUCAGCAGCAGCCGUUGAUUCCGGCCCAGUUGCAGCCACAAUUACAACCAGUAACUGUGCCCGUGACUCUGCCCACUCAACCUGCAAGCAUUACCGUUCCAAUACCCUCUCCGGCGCCUCCUCCACAAUUGGCCAACAGCGGACAGCAGAGGUACAUUGCCCUGCCGCCCAUCGAUCCCACCACUCAGCAGUUGUUCUGCCUGAACAGCGUGACCAACCAGAUAACCGCGAUGAGUGCGGGUCAGACGGCAGCUUCGAUUGGACCCACGGAGCGGCUGCUCAUUGCUCCGGCCGGGAUCAAUGCCCAACAGCUGGCCCAAUGUCUACAGUUGGGACAACUCCAUUUUAAUGAUGUGAACCCACUGCCCGCUCAGCAGCAACAGCAACAGUUGACGACAAAUGGUGCCCCAUCUUCGAUGACACUUUCUAUGCCACUGCGUCCUCAGCCACCGCAGCAGCAGAUUGUGCAUCCCAUCCAACCAAUUACCAACGGAUUAGCCAUCACCACAACGGCCACCAGCACGUUAACCACUACCACUAGCACAACCUCACUAACCACGGUGACCAAGCAGGUGGCCAAUGUGGCGCCGAUAAUAGAUCAAAGCAAAGCGAAACUGGAGCCAGCUAAGGCAGCUACCAGUGGAACUGCCGGUGGAGCUGUGGCCAAGAAGAAGCCGGUGAGAAAACCGAAGGCCACGCCAACCAAUGCCUCAGAGUUGGCCAAUCUCAAGAACGCCAGCGUAGUUAAACCGAUGCCAAAGUUGGAUCCCCUCUCGCAGAAGCCCAACAAUAAUCCGGUGCAGAUUGUGCAACCAAAUGUCGCCAGUGGCAAGCAGAUGAUUGUGGUGGGCAGCUCAAGUUGCACAACAACCACCACGACUACAAUGAGCGCCAGCAUCCAGCCCUUUCAAACUACGAGUGGCACCAAAUUGGUGGGCGUUACGGUGCCCAUGCAGCAGCAACAACCCACAGGCACGGCUGCGAUAUUGCAACAGCAGCAGCAACAGAGGACGAGCUUCAGCUUGACCACCACAGUGGCUACACCUGCCCCGAUGCCGUCUCCUACAGUAGCUUCUGGAGUCAGCCAACUCCAAUUGCAACAACUGCCACCCCAGCAACUGCAGCAGCAGCUGCAGCCGCAACAACAGCCACAGUUGCAGGCUACCAAGCAGCAACAGCCGCAACCAAACACUGUCUCCCGGGUGCAGACGAUCCAACUUACACCGCAGAUGCAACAGAUUUUCAAGCAGGUCCAAAUGCAGAUUCAGUUCCUCACGAUAAAGUUGCAAAAUAAAACGACUUUCCUGCCGGUUUCACCGGAAAUUGAUCCGGCGACCAUUGCAGCAUACAACAAGCCGAUGACUGAUGCUGAGAUAAAUCUGGCACUGCAGCGACUCUUUGCAGAGCAGCACCGGAUUCUGGCCUCCGGAAAGGAGGUACCCACUCCGGAGGGUAUGUUGCCAACAGCAAAUGGAAGCGGAGGCUUUAGCCUGAUGGCACAACCAGUUCAACAACAGCAACAGCAGCCACAGUUGCAGUCUACGGUUCCUGAGCCACUGAAGACCAUCGUGCCCGCCAAUGUGGUUCAACCCAACAACCACUCAUCCACCACAGCGGCAGGAUCAGUCACCGGUGGUGCCGCAAGUGCUCCCAAUGCCCAGCAGAAUGUAACCCAGAGGAUACACAUAUAUCCCAUGCAACACCAACAGCAGCAGCAACAGGCAGCCAACAAGCAAAAGCAGGCGCAACCAAAACCGCAGCAGGAGCAACAAUCGCAACUCCAAAUAAAAGCGAAAGAGCCGGCCAACAGGAAUAAAGCCAAUAACCAACAGUUGCAGCCAAACCAGCAGCAAAUGCAGCAACAUCCACCCAACGGAAGCAUCAAUAUGUUACCGCAAAAAGUAAAUAUGCUGCCAGUUGUCCAGCAGCAACAACAGCAACAGCAGCCGCAACACCAAACAUUGCUUAACAAAAGCGGACCACCACCUCUGAUCUUCGCCAGUUCCACAAAUCUGUUGAACAACAGCAACAGUAACAACACUCUCACUAGUAAUCCUGUGAUGCAAGUGAACAACAUGUUGCCCCUGCCACCAUUACAGCCCCAACAGCAACCGCAGCCGCAAAUGCAGCAGCAACCAACACCAAGCCUGCCACCAGUUCCUGCACUGGGAGUUGGAGUAGGAGUGCCGCAAGGACCAAUAGGAAAUCUGGUCCCAUCACUGCCAAGCAUACCACUUUACAUGCCGAACAAAAUGGACGAAAUGCCAACGCAGAAACCCAAAAUUGCACGCCUCUCCUUAUUCGUGCGUCAACUGGAGGUCGACCAGGAGAGUUGUCUGAAGCCCGACUACGUAAAGCCCUUCCGCACUAAGGAUGAAGCGGUGAAAAGGCUGAUCAGGUACCAUUGCAUGCACGAAAACGAUGUGGAGUUACCCUCCGAUGAAGAUGAGGAGUUUGAGUCCACAGCUCUGGGAUUCCAGGACAAGUUCCGACAGCUAAAUGGAAAGUUCCAGGAAAUACUAAUGCAGGAAUCAACGUUACCUCAUCGCACUUCGGAGAUACUGCAAAUGCAACAGCUGAUGAUCGACGACCUUAAAGGCGAGAUCAACGACAUUCGCACUGCUGAGAAGGAGUUGGAGCAGCAGCUAAAGGAGGAACAGAGCAGCGAGAAGCCAUCGGUAGACAGUGAUCAUCAGUCAGAGAGCAAAGUUAAAGAGGAGAUUAAACAAGAACCGAUUGAUAAGUCAGGUCAACAUGACAGGAUUGUGGACCAAUUUGAUCUACUGAAAAAUAGUGGUGAUGUCAACAAAGCGUUUAGCAAGUCCCAACCACAGCAGUCUGCUACAGUGAAGCAAGAAGAAAACAACGAAGCUGGCGGGCUUUCGGUAAAUGGAUCUGUGAAAAGUGAAGGAAGUGAAGAAUCUACAAAAUACAUCAAGAAGGACUACGAUAAUUUCGAUAUCGAGUCUGAGCUAACCACCAGCUUUAUCAUGAAAAAGGUGGAGACCAAAACGUCUUUGGCCAAGAGCGCUGAGAAUCGUUAUCAGGAAAGAAAUUUGUUGGACCAACAGCAACAGCAACAUAUCAAAGGCAAUGGAGUUGAUCCAGUGGAUCAGGAUGAUGGCUGGUACUGCCUGCAAAAGGAGCUCAAUCUAAUGAAUAAUGAUCCCAUGCAGCAGCCGCAGCAACAGCUAAAUGGAAACCAGCAGCAUUUGCCCAUCAAUCGUCAGCCGGCGCAACAGCAGCCAACCCAUUUCCUGGAUAACUCUAGUUCUAACAAUAUGAUGAACAAUAGCAACCACAUGUCGGAUCUGUUUCCUAAUGGAUGCAUUGACAAGAGCAACCAAAGUACCACCAGCAGCAGCAACAGUAGUUGCGUUAGUGAAAACCAUGCUGGCUCUAAUCCUGUCAAGACUGUCUCCUCGUGCAGCGGUCAGCGCGAACAGCCUGUGGUCAUAGAUGCUGAACAGCAAAACGAGCACCCAGCCAUCAGUGAGUUCUUCAGCAGCGAUUCGGAUGUACAGAAGUCUGUGGAGACGCGACUGGAGGCCAUGUUCGGGGAGUCGCCUGUGCACCUAGAUGUAAAAAGCAGCAACGAUGCCCACGACAUUGAGUCCAACCUGGAUGUGAUAUUUGGGGAUUCAAAGUCUCCGGCUCCCAAUCACAAAAGUAAGAUGAACAUGUGGGUGCCAGAUGCCACAUUUAUGCAGCAAGCGCCGCAGCAACAGGCGCCGCAACAGCAACAGCAAUAUGGAGGAUCGCAGCAAUCAUCACAGCAGCAACAUCACAUUGAACUGAACUGCAACAAUAAUCCACGAUGGAUGCAGAGCAUGGAGGCGCACUACAGUGACUUUCUCUCUAGUGGGACGAGCAACAGCGAGAUGGUGAAUGGAGGAGAAUCGCGAAAACGGAGCUGGGAUAGCCAACUGAUGGGAUCCGGAAGCGAUAUGGAAGAUGACAACAGCAGCAAGCGUCUGUGCACAGCUUCUUCGUCUUCCUCUUCAUCGCCCAUGUCGUCGCAGCAGCAGGUGCCUCAGCAUGGUCUCUUGGACUCGGACAUGCUACCCGCUGGAUUCCCCCAGAUGUUGAUGGAGCAGCAGCAGCAUCAGCAACAACAACAGGUACAGCAGCAACACAACUUUGCCUAUGCCAACAUAAUGGAUCAGCAGCAGCAACAACAGCAUCAGCAGCAACACUUCCAGCACAACCUGCAGCAACAGAUACAACAGCAGCAGCAGAUGCAUGUCAACCAUAUGGGCGGCACAGCAGUGGUGGCUGGUGGAGAGUACGAUGACGACAUCAGUCGUCAUGUCGCCAGUGCCAUUGAUAGCAUCCUUAAUCUGCAAAACAGCGGCGACUCGCUACAGUUCUCCCUCGGCUCGAUUCUUGGUGACAGUAUGUUAGAUGAUCAGCGGCAGGCAGGCGGCAAUCUGCCAAGCUGCCAGCAGGAGCAGGUGAUCCAACGUCGCCGCCAACUGGGAGAGGAGAUGAACGACUGCCUUAUCAGUGGCGGUGGUUCCACGGUUAGCGGCGUGGCGGACAACAGUAGUAAUAUACUGCUUGAACACCACCAUCAACAGCAUCAGAUGAUGCAGAACCAUCAGCAACAGCCACAUAUGCAACAUCAUCACCACCAGAACAUGACGCAGCCCCAGGCACAGCAUUUGGGGCAGCUAAAUGACUUUAGCUGCGUGGCCGGCGGUUUGGACGAUCCGGUGAAGUCGAUAAUGACCUCCUGACUUGGAGCUCCAACAUCCGCACAGGAAAAUGGAUCCAACAGUCUGAUUCUAGAGUUUAAUGCCACCACCUUGUGAAAAACGAUUGAUCAUAAUGACUUCCUGAUUGUAUAGAUACCCUUCUUAGUUGUCUUUGAUUAUUGUUUUGCCCCCAGUACAACCUUUAAUUAGACCUAAGUUGAGACCGUAGCAUAAAUUGUUUUUUCUUAUUGUUUGUAUUGUUUAGUCCAAUGUUUUGUACAAUAUUUAAACAACCUUCAAAUUACCAAUUACUUUAUGCAAGGGGAAAGGAGAAAGAAAGAAGGGUGAAAGUGAAGGCAUCAAUAAUGUGACAGAGCCCCAAUAAAGCCAAGAAAGCAA